UUCCGUAAAAUUAUGAAUUAGCUUUUAACCGUUAGCCUGCUGGCGGCAUAUGAUCUUGCCUACCAAGAUCAGCCUGUACGUCUGUACAGUCAGUAAAUUUUCAGUUAACAUCCCUCUGAAUAACAAGUGGUACUGCCCUAAUUGAAUGAUGGACUAGUCCAUUUUAGAAAUUUAGGAGGGUAAAGGUAAAUAAAUUUAUCUAGCUCAUUUCGGAAUCGAAAUUAAAUACAUUUUUAUUACACAGAAGGACGAUUAUAUGUUGAUCAUACAAAAGUCUUACAGAUAACCCAGUUUAACUUCUCAUGUGUACUAGUAUGUUAAUUUUGGGAGCAGAGGUCUAUCAAAGUAACGUCCGGCGUAUUCUCCAAAAACUAGGUCAGAUGAUAAAUGAGACAAAUUGAAUAAAAUACAAAAAUAACUAUAAACUGACAUAUGUCAUUCACCAUAUAUAGUGUUUCUUUUUUUUAAAUAAUUCCAAAACGUUGCAAUGUUUUGCGAUCUUAUAUUGAUUUGUACUAUAAUACAUAUCUACUUAUAACAUAUGCCAACAAGUAUAAAAAAUGUCCGGUUAUAAAAAAAUUUAAAACUGAGAUAAUUCAUUCUUUUCUUAAAAUUCUGUGAACCAUUCGCUUUAAGUACAAUCAAGUUAAAGAGAACUUGAACCAUUAGAUAAGAAAGACAUCAAAGUGCUCGCAUAUAUACGACCAUAUCAGUGACUGAAAUCAAAACUAAAUAUGUUGUUAUGGAUAUGCUCUUUUGCACUAUCUCUUGUAUGGUUGAUCAAUGGGGACAAUAUCUGUACUAAAUCAUCAUACGGGACGGAGUUUAUUUUCGGCUUUGCUGAUUUACCAUACUUCACGACUAGAAGUGAGUCUACGGACCCAAGUCUAAGUAUCCGAAUAGUAAGCAAAAGAUCUACCUAUAUCUACGUGACCCUACCAACUACUGCUUCCGCAAGCAAGACGCCCACCUUUGUCACAAACAGGCACAGAGUAUACCAGACAGGGAGUUUCUCAUUUAAUGCCACGCACAUAAACAAGAACAGCGUCUCUAGUUCUAGAAGUUCUAUCAAGAUACGCUCGAAUGAUCCUAUCUCCGUACUAGCGGUAUACAACGUUAAUUCGUAUGUUAUCACCAAUCCGAUAUUGCCUGUGAGUUCCCUUUCCACCUCCUAUGUCAUACCGUCUUACACCCAAAACUCAUUCAGCCACAGCCAGUCACAGAUGCUGAUCGUUGCAUUAAACGAUUCGACGACAGUACACAUUAAAAGUUAUGACAUUUCUAAUACACAGAGACUCAAUGCGAACGAAACGUAUGUUUAUCAACCCCGACAGGAUUUGAGUGGUACGUCUAUCACAAGUAAUUACCCAGUGGCCGUCUUUUCAUCCGUGACCAUGGGGUAUAACUCCCCCUACAGCAGCUAUACUAGAGUCCAAACUCGAGACCUCUUCAUGCAGGUGCCUCCGAUCGUAAAAGACGCUUUACAUUUCGUCGUGCCAUCCUUACCGGGUGUGGUUAAGUCAUACAAAGUCCGCAUAUAUGCGACGCACAUCGGUGCACGUGUUGAGGUUCAUUCUUCCUCCAGCAGCAAGAAGCUGAUGCACGUGUAUGAAAACAUAUAUUACGAAUACGGCACAAAAGGCUCAACUGCGUUGGAAAUUCUAUCUGAUAAUCCAAUCAUGGUGGUACAAAUUGCUUUGAAUUCAGACGGAGAAGCUAUGUACAUGACAAACAUCCCUGCAGUGUCACAGUAUAUGACCAACUACCUUACAGAUAGCAGCCAUUCUUUUUACAUCAUCACAGUUAGAUACGAAGAGGCACUGGGUUUGCUCGCAGAUGGAAAACCACUCAUGCACAAUCCUGAAGUGGCUGCACACAGAACACCGCUUGGAAAUUACACCGUGUUCACAGUACCUAUGACGACGCGGGAUAUUGUGUCUCACGUUGGAGAUGAACCAUUUGGUCUUCUCGUAUAUGGCACUUUUGAUGUAACUCGAUUCGGGCACUUCGCUUAUAGCUAUUCAGCUGGAAUGAAGUUCAAUGAAGACUGCGUUUAUUCCACCCAUGCAAGUCAGAUAAUAGGGUAAUGAUGAUGGCAGUAUGACAUUCUGGACUUUUUUCUUUAUAUAGCUUUGAAUUGUACAAGUUGUAGUGAAACAGCAUGCAAAAUAUUUUUCAUGUGUGUUAAUUAAAAUGCAUAAAAUUUUGAAAAAUA